GUGAAACAACGAAUGAGCGAACGAAAACGUGCAAAGAAUAGCAGACAUUUUGAUUUAAUUUUUUUUGUUUUUCGUAUCGGUAUUUAGUUGCAAAUUUCAUAUGUAAUUUUUCGCGUUUUGAAAUUACUUAUAUUUUGUUUUUAAAUUAAGUGCGCACAAUUUAAUGUUGGUGAUUUCGACAAUUUCGAAAAAAUACCUGGACGCAGCCUUUUAGCAAAAUAAAGAAGCCGUAAGUGAAUGUAUAAGUUGUAUGCAAUAAAAGUUGGUGCGAAAAUAUUAUAAGAAACUCAAUUAAACAUGUCUUGGGUGCCAUCAACUGACUUUGAAGAGGAAAUUGUUGAUUCACAACCGGGACAUAAUUUUAUUUUUGGUCAACUGUGUGAACCAACACAACAAACUUUUUAUCCACGUCCCAAAGAACAUUUGGAGUUUGUAGCACAACAGAAAUUUGCGAAAAAUAAACGUGAAAACACUUUAACAAACUCUCAAAAUCAUAAAUUGAAUCUUAUUGCAAGAGUGCAGCGUAUUGCUGGUACUAAACCGUUGGGUGAACAACCGACCAUCAAUGAUUGGGAUGACAAUGACAAUGUAGAACGCGAAGCGAUCGCUUUGAUGAGACAUGUUGGUCUCGGGCCUAGUUUGGAGCAACCAUUAGACGAAGUCCGCACCAUAGCCACACAUCCCAUAACGGAGGAGAUCAAAAUAAAUAGAAAUGGUCGCAAACAUAUGCCAGUAUUUUUUGAUGAGAAAUUUUUUGAAUUAAAACCGCGUGUUUCCCCAUCGUCGUCAUCUUCUGGCAACAAUAGUCCUGUAAUUGAAGAUGCUGCGACUAACCUUAAUGAUUCCUGCGCGUCACAGAAGAGCAGCAGCAACGCCACAUCAAGUGAAUUAGCGCAUGAACGAUCUUCUGAUACCCUUAAUAGUGGAUUUGAGAGUGCAAUUGAUAUUGUAGGUGAUGAGGAGAGUUUUGAGACUGCACGAGGAAGUGAUAAGGAAUACAGACCGCAAAAUUGGAGAGGAGAUGAAGUAGAAAAAACUACACAAAAUUGGCGCAGCAAUGACACAUUUAUUAAGAGUCAAUCAUGGAGGAGUACGAAAACAACAUACGCAAAUAGAAAUGGAAUUAAUAGAGAAAGCCAAAAUAAUGUAUGUAAUUGGCGUUCUUCAGCCGAUAAACCAAGUAGUAAAGAGAAGAGAAUUCAAAAGAAGCCACCUUUAUUAUGUUCACCCAAAGAAUUGUAUGAAAAGAAACGUCAAAUGAUUUAAAAACCGCAGAAAACACAAAACUCAGCAUAAAUAUAAUUUUAUAAGUGGUUAAAAAUUAAAAACAAAUUCUAGCAAAAUUUGAUUGAUUACUUGUACAAAUAUUCAUUUUUAAUUGGCAAUUGUGAAAAAUACAUUGUUUUAACUGUAGAUUUUAAAUAAAUUAACAGUACUUGAAAUUUUUAUGGUAAAAAUUACAUGAAGAAAUAUCUUGGAGUGAACGUCUAUAAUAUUAUAACUGCCAAAAGUUAUAGGCGUCAUUUAUAAGAAACUUAUAACGGGUUUAAACAGUGUUAGAUCGUGAUAUAAACAUAACAGAACUAACUUCUUGAAAAGGGUACAAAAAAAUGUAAAAUUUAACUUUAUAUGAAGUGAAGAUACUACAUAUUUGAUUGAAGAGUUAACAUUCAAAAGCAUGUGUUCCAUUAUAUUUAACCAUCAUCAAGGAAUUUAUUGAUUUAUGAUGAAAAGAUUUAUGAUGAUGUCUAAAACUGUUAAUUUUGAAGAUAUUUUAAAUUUGCCAAUAAUAAGUAAUUUGGGAGGUUCGGUUAAUAUAUCAGGAACUGUAUACCGGUAUCCAUACAUAUUAGAGGCAUAACUCUUUUUUUGACUCUCUUAUGCCCGGUUUCACAGUCCAUACUUAAGUUGUGCCCAAAUAAAACCUUAGCUAAGCAUUGUUGCAGACUGAGGAAUCGUUUGCGUUUCACAGUCAAUGCUUAAUCUCUAUAAAAUUUUAAUAUGAUAUAUGGCAACGUUAUGGGCAACAUAUGUUUUACGAAUAUCAUCCAUAAAAAUAUGUUUGAAAUUUAAAUUAUAACAGCCAAUAGAUUAAUUUGCGAGGAAAGUUAUAUGGAAAAUAGAUGAAAACACCGAAUUUCACUGUUAAAUAUACCAAUUACUCUAAAAUAGAGUAUAUAUUUCAAACGUAUACACACGUACAUUGCGAAUAAUAUAUUUUUAUAUAAUAAUAAUAAAAAUAUAAUUUUUAUUAAUAAUAAGGAACCGCUAAAAGACCUGUCUAUAUGUAUAGUUUGAUAAAUAUAAAUGUAUAUGCCAGUAAUAUACAUAUACAAGUAUAACACAAAUGACAAAUAUUUGUCCAAGUGAGAUCCAUCGAUUCAAACCUAGGACCUAAUAUACAUACAUAAGUUGUCCUCGGAAAACGACAUUACUAUUGCAAUACGUACAUAAUAUUCUUUAGUCAAAUGUAGUAUCUUUAAUACUGAUUGAGACAAACCAUAUUUUACCCAUGCAUUUUAUCUGUACAUCUUGAACAUAGUUAUUUGAAGGCUAUUGUUUUUUAGCAAAGUAUCUAGACCCUGCAUGAGGCAGAGCGCAAGUUAAUUGUCAUUGAAGUCAUCUAACGGGAGGUCCAAGAAACAAGUUGUUUCGAUAGAUCUAUAGGGAGUUGGUUUAAUGGGGCAUUUUGUGGUUGUUGUAACUGUAGAAGAUAUUCCUGGAAUAAUUUUGAAGAAUACUGUCGAACUUACAAUCCUUAGAAGGAUAAAAAUCUAGGCAAGUUUAUAUUACGUACGCCAAAAUAUCGUGAGAACGGUUUAAAAAGGCAUGUAAAGAGGUGGUUAGAUAGAUAGAUAGAUAGUAAAGAUUGAGGUAUUGUACUGCGACCUAUGGUCUAUUAUGCCCUCCUCUAUAUCACAUAUGGUUACCAAGGUCCAGCAUCUUGAAAAAUUUCAGGACCCUGCUGGGCGCGACUGAGGUGAUGUGAUCCCUGUCCACGUAGAUGGAACUUGGGCGUUUAGCCUGCUUUUGCAAAUUGCUGGGCAAUCAAGAAUCAGGUGUUCUGAGGUUUCUUUUUCCAUGUCGCAGAAACGGCAGUUUGCGCAGAUAUUAUGCUUAUGUUGGACAACUGCUUCCUGGGUCUGCAUUGCCCUGUAUAGAGCGCGACAAGUAGUCUCUCCCCACUCUCUCCUCCGUGCGGAGCAGCUCCUUAAGAGUGUGGGACCAAAGAAAGGUGGUUUGUGUCAUGCGGGAAUUCAUUGCAACUACAAAAAAAGUUCGGUAUGUCGGGGUCUACUCUGGAUAAGUAGAAGUCUAACUUAAUCUAGUAUUUGGAACGAUGUGAGAGGGUCACAAUUGAACAUAGUUCCGUUCCCAUUUUCAAUCGUUCUAUAUCAACUAUCUGAUAAAAGUAGUGUUUGAAAUUUUCUAUGUCUAUUGAAAAAGUACAACAUCUAAUUUAUAAUGUCUAAAAAUAAAUUACUUUUCCUAUAAGUAUUAUACUAAAAGCGAAAAAAAAAAUCUGAACGAACGAUUUUAUUAUACAUAUUUAAAUGCUCAGCUCAGAUGUCCACAAAAAGGUGAAAAUCAAAAAUUGAAUCUUAACAGUGUUAAUAUUUCUGUUCACAAAAGUACCUAUUUUCAAAAACGUCAAAUUACUCUAAUUUAUUGGUGUUUGUACAAAAAUCAAGGUCCAAAUUGAUCUUAGAAUAUCUCAAAAACAUAACACCAAUAAAUUUUUUUCUAGAAUACUUUAAGUUAAGUUAGUAGACUUUGAAAUUUAUCGUUGCUGUAAUUUCAUAUUAUUUUGUACAUUAAUACAUUCUUCGAAUAUUUUUAAGUUUAUUUUGUAUUAAGAAAAUAAAUAUUUGAAUUACACACACAAUUUA